AAAUUUUGCAAGAAAACGGGCAUGGCGAGUUUACAAAAGGGACGAUAUACAAGUUGCUAGAACUGUUAGAAAAAGUGGAAGAUUGCACGUUAGAGAAACUUCUUGGGGCACUUCUGAAUUGUUCUGCUUUUACAACAAACCAGGUAAAAUAUUGUGUUUCCUUACUCGACCGUCCCUGGAGAAAUACUAUACUUUUUGUCUUAAUGGGUACCUUUCCCUGAUAUUUAAUGCACUCUAUCCCUCUUUUGCUGCUCUUUACUGUGCCUGGCUCUGUGGCUUAUUUACCUCCGCCUCUCCCUCUUUCAUUGCUUUUUCUGGUUUUUUGUUGUACCAGUCCUUUCCAAAACCGGCCAUCCCCUCCCCUGGGGGAGUUAUGUGUGGAAAUGAACAACAUUAUUGGAACCUCCAUAGCCAUAAGACAGCUCUCCAAGAUCUUAGAUAUUUUGGUUGUAGGAAGAUUUUUGAAUAGUCAUUGGUGAGUAUGGGAUUUGAUGCUUUUUGAAGCGCUAGCCGUGCCUGCGAUUUGACCAUCUAAAGUGCCAACAUAACCGGGAAUUUGACCAGAAUUUUUCAAAAAAGUCAAGUGCCCAGGGGUUUGACAGGGGAAGGCAUGGACAGUUUUGGAAAUGACUGGUACAUUACCACACUUAACCCCAGCCCAUUUUAUCUCUCUUUCUUUUGAUAGAUUACACCUCAUCCCUUUCUGUCCUUAUUUUCUGUUUGCUCUCCAAAAACCCUCUGGAGCAGACAUCCAUUUGCAACCAUGAAAACAAUCUUCUCAAACUCGUUAAUAAUUCAUAAAGAGAAAACAAGGAAAAUCACAACCAUGACGGUGGCUUAGAUGUAGGAUACUAAUUACCACAAAAAUUUUUGAACUUUGUCUUUGAAUUUCUCCAAGAAUCAUUGUUCAUUUGAGAAGCUAUAUCCAAAACUCCACUCAGUGUUUCUUCUGAUAUCCACACACACACAUCACCUCAAAACUGCCUACACCUCAAAGUCGGUCUUAAAAAACUCAGCUGCACCUCGUUUUUCCACCCACUUCUCGGUGUCUGGGCAUAGGAUGAAACACUGCUUGUCGAUUUUGAUAUAUUACAUGAACAAUAGAUUCUACAAGAUAAAUGCAAGAGACCUGAUUAUAUGGUGUUGUUCAAUUUACAGAAUGCUAUUCGUGAGUGUGGAGGCUUACCCCAACUGGUGUCUCUUUUGGUACAUCCAAAUAAAGCCAUCAAUAUCAAGGCAGCACAAGUGCUGUCCAACUUAGCAAUGAAUGAAACAAAUCAGGAAAGUUUAAAGGUCAGCUUUGUAUAAAAAAUCCUUUGAUUAAACAGUUAACGGUAACACUUUUCUCCAAUGAAUGUAAGGCUAUUGUUUAUUAUUUGAGUCCCAGCAGAUAUUAUAUACCUUUCGUGUAUAAACCUCUCACAAGGGCUAUGUCUGCUCCAUAACAGUAAUGACAACUUGAUUUUAUCCAAACGUCUACAAGGAAAAUAGCCACACAUCAUACUCACAGGUUGUGCUCAGUCUUUGUACCCCUUGGUCAAAUUAAUAUGCAUUAUUGUAUUGACUUUUCUUUCAGGGCAAUAUUUGUGAUGUCAUAAAAAAUAUUGAAUACCAUGACAUUGUUGAAGAUCAAGAGAUGAUUUUAGAGCAUUUUAGGCUCCUGGUUAAUUUAUCUGCAACAAAUGUGGCACAUGAUGAAAUAAUCACAGGAACCCAGGAAUAUUUCAGAAUUCUCACCCAGGCUGUUUCACGACAGAUUCAGGUGCUGUACAUGAAAAUAAAUUUUGUGGUUAUUUCAUUAUUUUUUUUCCUUUACAAUGUAAGUCUUUCUUUUUUGUUUUGCAAUUGUUCCAUAACCUACAUGUACUAUAAUUACUAAAGUUCUGACAAAUAAAUUAAUAAUUAAUUCCACUGAGAGACUAGUAAAAGUUAAAUGAAAAAGAUCUUCCCUUCCUGGCCUGUUCCAAGGCUAGUGCAUUAUCUUACACCAAGAGGAAAAUAAUGUGCAGUUACCUUGUUUUGGUUAUAAUUUUUCAGCUGGAAUGCACUAGCUUACUUGUGUUUAACUGCUCCAAUAAAACUUUUUUUCCAUUUUUUUAAGGGUUUGAGUUACAGUCAUCUGGCUGUCUCUAUUGUAAAAGACGUUUUAUGACUAGUGUUAGCAGCAUAAAAGAUGGAAAAGUAGUCCCGUCUGUACCUUGAGUGAUCAUUUUCUCCAUAAUUAUUAUUGUUGACUUUGCUGACUGUAAAAAACACCAAACAUGUUUACUUUUUUGUGAAUAUUUAGCAAAUUUUGAUUUUUUACUACUGACAACAAUAAUAAUUUUCAGCUAGCAGUUCUAAGACUUUUGGUGAACUUGUCGUGCAACCCUAACAAUUUGGGAAUACUGCUGGAAUUUAAGGUUAGUAGUGAGCUUUCACACUCCUCCACCUGUAGGAUAGUUAAUUUAUUCUCUCCAUCAACAAUAAAAUAUUGUAUCACAUCUUAGUAACAUGUAUUACAUUGGCCGUAAAUACAGUAAAAACCCAUAAGUAUAAGAACCUGCACUUUCCCAAGUUAAACAGGUUUUUAGAGAGGAGAAGUGUGAUGUCAUGUUACCACGGUAGCAAAAUUUCUGGAUCACAACAAUAGGCAAAAAAGGUAAUUAAGGCUUAAAUUGGCAAAAUAACAACUUUGCACAUGCAUCACACUUUUUUGUACAUUUCUUAGCUGUCAUUGCACAACUGCAACAUUCGUGAAACUUCCUUAUUUCACGUGUCUGCUUUAUAUAGUAGGUGAACACAACACACAAAUUCCCUUCCUGUGGUCCUUUGGGGUUCAACCCCCGAAAAUGUUGCCUACAUAUUUUGACAAAUUAAAUAAAAUUUUAUAAGAUUGCUAAAGUUUGAAAAGGUGUGAAUUCACUGUUAUACACUGUAAACACCAAUGAAAUGAAUGAACCAUUUCACUUUAUUUAUAUUGUUUUGAAGUGAAAGACACAAUUGAUCAUAAUUUUAAGCAUACCAACAGCACUUUAAUCAUGUUUUUAAGCAAAAGUUUACCUGGUUUUCAUUGUUGUUUAUAUAGUAAAAGUUUGUUCUCAUCAAUGACAUAGUGAUUGUGUUACAACACUUCCAUGUACACUUUAAGUAAAAAAUUCAGUGAGCAUUUUGAGCAUAUGGGGAUAAGCUUAAGUAGCAUGCUGGAGGAGCAAAAUUAUAAUACAUGUAUCUGGUAUUGAUGAUGUACAGUGCUACACUUAACAAUAAAAAUGAAGAUUUGUUUGGCAUUUUGUUAUUUUGUUUGUCUUCUACAGCCAUUGUUAAUUCUCCAGACCUUCAUGCUACCAGACAACCCUGAUGAUAUCAUUCUUCGAGCCAUAACAAUCUCAGCCAACGUACUAUCAAGUCUUGGUAACUAUUCACAGGUACAAACUAGUGGUAAAUAACAUUAAGGAAGGAAGUAAAUAAAACAUGGUUUCGUAAAUGUUAGUUAUUUCUGAUAACCAAAACAGUCCAACAAGAGAGACCGAAACCAUGCUGACUGAAUGACCCUUGACCAGUACUAGGUAGGUUUUUUAUAGUGUUUGUCAACAUACCUUUACAAUUUGCACAUUCAAGGCUUGAAACAAAUAAAACUAACUUCUUAUUCGUCAACCCUCUUUUGAAGGAAAGGUAAACUAAUUAAUGACAAGAACUGAAAUUGUCUACAUGUACAAUGUAUAUUGGCCAUGGUACAAGUUGCAAUUAUGUUACAAAAGCUCUGUAACUUAAAUAAUUANUUGACCAGUACUAGGUAGGUUUUUUAUAGUGUUUGUCAACAUACCUUUACAAUUUGCACAUUCAAGGCUUGAAACAAAUAAAACUAACUUCUUAUUCGUCAACCCUCUUUUGAAGGAAAGGUAAACUAAUUAAUGACAAGAACUGAAAUUGUCUACAUGUACAAUGUAUAUUGGCCAUGGUACAAGUUGCAAUUAUGUUACAAAAGCUCUGUAACUUAAAUAAUUACAUUCCACUGUGGGAUGGUAUUACCCUGCGAGCAGAGGCCCUUCGAUCUUGCUAGAGUCAGGAAGAUCGAAGGUCCUCUGCUCGCAGGGUAGGAUGGUACAUUUAUGACUGACAGACUUGUUACUGCACUUUUUGACAACAUUUACAUGCAACCAGCUGUUGAGUCAAAAAUUUAACCCGCAAUUACAAUAAUUUUCUUCUGUCAAUAAUGAUUAUUCCCUGCUAGCAUAGGCCUCCUGGUAUUCGGAGGGCAGGAGGAAAAGACAGUCUCUUUUCCUUACACCAGUUGUAUACCAGGGAAAAGAGGCCAUGGCUAGCAGGGAAUCAUAAUAUUAGGGCAAAACAAAACAAACAACUUGGAUCAAAUAUACCAAAUAUUAAUAAACCCCUACAAAAUAAUGUGACCUAACUUGAACCAGCCGAAGAGCAUGAUUGAUGGAAGUGGAAAACCUAAAAUAUUGUUGGUUAAAUAUAUAACUUGAUGAGAGUUUGCAUGUUUAAAAAAAUAGCAGCAACUGGAUCAUCUUGCAUUAAGUCUUAUUUUUUUCUUUGCAGCUACAACAAACAGUGUUGACAGAGCAUAUUAAUGUAUUGUAUGGUGAUUUGAUGGGCUUAUUGGAUCAUACCAAUCAGGAUAUCCAGUGUCAGGCCAAAAGGGCACUGAGGAGUAUAUUUGCCUUCAGAAUAAUGUACACAAAGUAA